AUGAGUGGCGUCGCUUCGAUAUACGCAUCUACGCAGCCUACAAUUUCGGCUUUCAACACGCCCGCGUACAAGCCAGAGCUUGUCCAGGGCGUGGAAUCGGUCUUGGUGAUCGGUUCUGGUGGUCUUUCAAUUGGACAGGCCGGUGAAUUCGAUUAUUCCGGUUCGCAGGCCAUCAAGGCCUUGAAAGAAGCCAAUAAGAGAACCAUCUUGAUCAACCCCAACAUCGCAACCAACCAGACUUCGCACUCGCUGGCAGACGAAAUCUACUAUUUGCCAGUCACACCGGAGUACAUCACGUACAUCAUCGAGCGCGAGCGUCCAGAUGCCAUUCUGUUGACGUUCGGUGGUCAAACCGGGCUUAACUGCGGUGUAGCUCUCGACAAGAUGGGCGUGCUCGCCAAGUACGACGUCAAGGUGUUGGGUACGCCUAUCAAGACCCUAGAGACCUCUGAGGACAGAGACCUGUUUGCCCAGGCUUUACGUGAGAUCAAUAUACCGAUUGCCGAGUCGUUCGCCUGCGAGACGAUCGACGAAGCUCUCACUGCUGCAGUCAAGGUUGGAUACCCAAUUAUCGUUAGAUCUGCUUAUGCGCUUGGGGGUUUGGGCUCUGGGUUCGCUAACAACGAACAGGAGCUCAAGGAGCUGUCCGCGCAAUCUCUCUCGCUAGCACCUCAAAUUUUGGUCGAAAAAUCGCUCAAGGGCUGGAAAGAAGUCGAAUAUGAAGUUGUUCGUGACCGUGUCGACAACUGUAUCACGGUGUGUAACAUGGAGAAUUUUGACCCACUUGGUGUCCACACCGGUGAUUCUAUCGUUUUCGCGCCAUCUCAAACUUUGUCCGACGAAGAAUUUCACAUGUUGAGAUCCGCCGCGAUCAAGAUUAUCAGACAUUUGGGCGUCGUAGGUGAGUGUAAUGUGCAAUAUGCUUUGCAACCCGAUGGUUUGGAUUACAGAGUCAUCGAAGUUAACGCACGUUUGUCCCGUUCCUCUGCUUUGGCCUCCAAGGCUACUGGUUAUCCUCUUGCCUACACCGCCGCUAAGAUUGCUCUUGGCUAUACUUUGCCAGAGCUUCCAAACCCGGUUACCAAGACCACUGUCGCCAACUUCGAACCCUCUUUAGACUACAUUGUUGCGAAGAUUCCUCGUUGGGAUUUAGCCAAGUUUCAGCACGUAAACCGUUCCAUCGGGUCUGCUAUGAAGUCUGUUGGUGAAGUUAUGGCCAUUGGUAGAAACUUUGAAGAGGCUUUCCAAAAAGCCAUCAGACAAAUUGAUCCGUCAUUCGUCGGAUUUCAAGGAUCUGACGAGUUUGGUGAUCAAUUGGACGAGGUCCUAGCUCAACCUACCGACAGGAGAUGGCUCGCUAUUGGGCAAGCACUUUUGGUCGAAGGUUAUUCUGUGGAAAAGGUUCACGAACUAUCUAGAGUUGACUCGUGGUUCUUACAAAAAUGUAUGAACAUCGUUGACAUGUACAAAGAACUAGAGGAAGUCAACUCUCUAGACCAAUUAGAGAAGGAUCUUGUAAUCAGAGCCAAGAAGUUGGGUUUUUCCGACAAACAGAUUGCUCUUUGUCUAGAGAAGAACGGAGGGGCGAAAGUCGAAGAGUCACAGGUUAGAAAGCACAGAAAAUCCUUCGGCGUCGUUCCUUUUGUUAAGAAGAUCGAUACUUUAGCCGCCGAGUUCCCUGCCAACACCAAUUAUCUUUACACCACAUACAACGCUGUCAAGAGCGACAUUGAAUUUAAUGAUCACGGUAUGUUAGUCUUGGGUUCCGGUGUCUACCGUAUCGGAUCCUCUGUCGAAUUCGAUUGGUGUGCCGUCAACACGGCUAGGGCCUUGAGAGAAAAGGGCAAGAAGACAAUCAUGAUCAACUACAACCCAGAAACCGUUUCGACCGAUUUCGAUGAAGUUGACAGACUCUACUUUGAAGAAUUGUCCUUCGAGAGGGUCAUGGAUAUUUACGAGCUAGAACAUUCCGAGGGCUGCGUCAUUUCUGUAGGUGGUCAGCUACCUCAGAACAUUGCCUUGAAGCUGUUGAAUGACGGUGCCCACAUCCUAGGUACCAGUCCUGUCGACAUUGACAGAGCGGAAAACAGACACAAAUUCUCUUCGAUUCUAGAUCAAAUUGGAGUUGACCAGCCUGAAUGGAGUGAAUUGGCCUCUUUGGAAGAGGCUAAGGCCUUUGCGAGAAAAGUAACUUACCCAGUGUUGAUCCGUCCUUCUUACGUUCUUUCUGGUGCGGCCAUGAGCGUCGUCACCUCUGAACACGAGCUGGAGGACAAGUUGACUACUGCUUCUGACAUUAGUCCAGAUCACCCAGUUGUCAUCUCGAAAUUUAUUGAGGGUGCUCAAGAGAUUGAUGUCGACGCAGUUGCAUGCGACGGUAAAGUUCUCGUUCAUGCCAUCUCAGAGCAUGUUGAGAAUGCUGGUGUUCACUCCGGAGAUGCCACCUUGAUUUUGCCACCUCAAAGCUUAUCAGAAGACAUCAAAACCAGACUUUUAGUAAUCGCUGAGAAGGUUGCAGCUGCUUGGAAGAUCACCGGUCCAUUCAACAUGCAAAUCAUUAAGGAUGACAGACACGAGGGAACCAGCCUGAAGGUUAUUGAAUGUAACAUCAGAGCUUCCAGAUCUUUUCCAUUUGUUUCAAAGGUUUUGGGAACCAAUUUCAUCGAUGUUGCCGUUAAAUCCUUCCUGAAGGAGGACGUACCAACUCCCGUCAACCUCAUGGCCAAAGAAUACAGCUACGUCGCCACCAAGGUUCCACAGUUCUCGUUCACAAGACUCGCAGGUGCUGACCCUUUCUUGGGUGUCGAAAUGUCUUCAACUGGUGAAGUGGCAUCUUUUGGGCGGGAUGCGCUUGAAAGUUAUUGGACUGCUAUUCAAAGCACCAUGAACUUCCACGUUCCUUUACCGCCAAGCGGAUUUCUAUUUGGCGGUGACUUAUCUAACGAUAAUUUGGGUCAUGUUGCUCAAUUGGUCGUACCUUUAGGUUACAAAGCCUUCACCACAAGCGAGGAAACCAAGCAAUAUUUGGCCAAAUACGUGCCAGAAGGAACCGCAAUUGAAAUCAUCGAGUUCCCAAAGAACGACAAAAGAAAGCUGCGUGAAUUGUUCCAACUGCACGACAUCAAAGCAGUGGUAAACCUGGCAGCUAAGAGAGCUGAAUCUCUGGAAGAUGUUGAUUACAUUAUGAGAAGAAACGCCAUUGAUUUCGCUUUGCCGCUUUUCAACGAGCCUCAAACGUCUUUGCUGUUUGCCAAGGCGCUCAGCGCAAAGGUCGGCGAGAAACUACGUGUGCUAGAGUCCGAAGAUGUUGCUGUUCCUACGGAGGUUCGCACCUGGCACGAGUGGAUUGGGGAGAGACCUCACUAG